AUGAAGAACCUGGGCAACACAGUGAUUGUUGGCUUCAUGGUUCGAAGGAACACCACCAUAGGGCCGGAGGACCCAGGUGGGCUGGUCCUGCACCUGCGGCUUGCUGAGGCUGCCCACCAGAUCUCUAUCUGGGCAGCGUCAUCAGGCCCCAGGGACACUCGGAGCUCCGAAGGCCAGACUCGGGCCCUCCCCCACCGCAGCUCCGCGCCGAGCCCUCAGCCUGAAUCACCCGGGACCCGAGCUGCCAGUCCCUUGGCCCACAGCCCGACCCGGAGGGGGACGGAACGGGAAGGGUUAAGCCGCCGCGCGCCGGGUUGGGGGUUGGAAGGGGGAGCUGCCGCCGCCGGCGAGUCGUCGCGAUUGGCUCGGCCGCAGGACCCGGGGGCAGCUGCGGGCGGACGGCCGCCCAGACUUCCCGGACGCGCCUGGCGCCUCCGCUGCGCCGCCGGCGGCCUCCGGGGACGCGCUGCCCGGCUGCCUGGGGACAGCUCUGCUCCAGCGCCAGCCCCCUCCCUCCGCCCAAGUCUCCCGCCCCCGCUGGGGGGCGGCGGGGACUGUCUUUCUUGGUGCUUGUCAACCGCGGCGACAGCGAGGUUGUCAGCGCGCUCCAACGCGCCGCUGGGAAGGGUGCCACCAGCCAGCCAGUGUGUGCUUGUGCUGGUGAGACGGACACUGUUGGAAAGGGUAUCAAUUCGGAGAAUUUCAGUGCGAAUAGAAGACAAGGUUAAGACUAAAAUGAGGAAGAGAUUAUCGACAAGUUUUCUCCACUUCCUCUGGACACUGCAGCCACGCGCCUGCACCACCCCCAGGAGAACCCUGUGGGCCUCAGCCCUGAGCAAGAUUUGGGGGAAGGACCUCUGCACUUCCUUACUUGGGCCUUGCCUCCUUUUCCUCAUGAGAAGCCUGGACCUAGGCUUCAUCCUCUGCCUCCCGGACCCUCGCCCCCUCUGCCAGCCACCCUGUGCUGGCUCCUCCCUCCUCACCCCUCCAAGGCUGCUCUCCCUCUGUGAAAGGGCCAGACUCCCCCUCCAGCGCCCCUCCAAGGGGAGGAGGCAGCGAGGCGAGCACCUGUCCCUCAUCUAUCACCCUGAACUGUGCUUCACGAUAAAAUUACUCAUCCUCAGCCAGUGAUAAAUGAAAUCAGUCUGGAGGCAACCACACAG